AUACUCCAGUCUCAAACACGGAAGUAUUAGAUUUUCAUUUAAAUUCUGAAUCUGCAUCAGUGCUCCCGACAGGUCCACCUUAUUGAUGGCGUCAUUGGCGUGCCCGUUCUACCAGUCCGGACUGGUGGAGGUUGAGGAGGGCGAGCUGAUGGGAAAGCAGCUGAGCCUACACAGCAAAGCUCUGGCCAGGCCAUCUUUUGCCAAGGAGCCCCACGUCAAGGAUGUUUCCAGAGUGUUCCAGCUCCAACCAGACGGGAAGCUGGAGCAAACGCUUUCCAUGUCAACGGACAAGGAGCCAAUGACGCAGCACUUGCAUAUCACCUACAGUCGCUUGCCUUGAAGCAGUUUGGAUUCAAUAAGAAGACCACCUUCUGUUGGUGCUACAAAUAUAAUGGCCUGGUCUGCAAUUUAUGUGGCUGGAAAUGGAACUUCAUGCAACUGUAUUUCUACCUCAAAACGUUUCUUAUUAUUAUUACCUAAU